AUGGAAAUCAAAAAUAAUUUAGCCAUACAAAGCCAAAAAGGGCCUAAAAAUGUUAGAUAUUUAGCCGAGCUUGAUUCAAGCAUCGAAUUAAUACCUUCUGACUGUCUAAAACAGGAAUGGAGAAUAAAAUAAAUCAGAUUUCGGAGGGAGUGAAACAGCUAGUGAAAUUUCAGAGAACACAAACACCCAAUAUUCCGCUCUUGAGAACUAUGAGAAGUACAAGAAACAUCAUUUCAGGUCAAAAUCAACUAAAAAUAAGCUCUAAAGAAGAAUGAUCCCUCUGAUACAAAGAUUUUUGCAUUAUUGUACAAUUCCUCAGCAGCAUCUUUAGAUGCAGAAAUCGAAGAAGUCAAAGAUGAGAUUGAUACAGAAAAGUUAUCUAUCAAUAUAAAGUCUCUUCUCGAGCAGAAAUAAAAAGAAGAAUCACUCUCGGGAUAAAUUUAUACAAUACAAAAAGAAAAAGGAAGCCUUGAGGAGAAGAAAAUUUCAUGCUAUUGAUAAGCACAAGGUACUUCAGAAUGAGCUAGAGAAGUAUACUCAUAUUGUUGUCAAUCCGAAAGGUGCCAUUACUGAUGGAUCUACAGUUGAAUAUUCCAAUUAUGGAGUCAAAGAUAGAAUCCGUUAUCAUUUUAAAUAACAAGUCUAUCUUUUAUAAAUUUAAGAACAGACAUCUGUUCCCUAAAGAUAUGUAUACUGCUCAAGUCAGAAAGGCAUAUAAUGAGACAUUAAUGAAGGUAGAUAUAUGAAAUGAACUUAACACCCAUGGAGGAAAGAUUAUGCUUAAGUACGAAAGUGAGAAAGACCGUUGACAGAAAACUCCAGAGUCACAAAACUCCCCUCAUAUCAAGCCUCCUGUGCUAAAAUAAAAAUUUAGACCUCAUAAAUCCAAUUAUGAUCACCACAAAGAGGAGAGACUCUGAAGGAGAUAAAGAACAAAGAUCUUCAAAAAUUGCACGAAAAUCCAGAAUACAUCGAGAGAUGAUCCUUCGAUCCAACGCAUAUAAUAACAGAAAAGUUCAUGCAUUUAGUUCAAAAUAAUUACUAUAAGUCAUUAUCCCAAUUCUCCCCUUUUAAACGAGAGAAUCAAGCUAUGAAUACGAUGUAUCGCAAAAGAGCUUCAAGACAUAUGAGGAUGGAAAAUAAAAGUCACAGCAAAAGAGUGUCUCCUGAUAACGACUAUGCUUUACAACCUCAGAAGACCUUUGAUUUAAGGAGUUCUAAUCAAACUCAAGAGAUACCUCUUCCACAACUGUCUCCACCUCGGGAUGCAGAAGACGAAGCAAUGAUGAAUCUAACUUCUCGCUACAAAUUUAAUCUAAAGCCUGCUGUUGAGACUGUACAGAAGGUUGGAGAUGAAGAAACCCGUAAUAAGGCACUAGAUAAUUUCAAAAUGGCUAAUUCUUCCAUCAAAAAUUCUCUAGAAAAGAAGAAAUAGUCCGCCUGAGGAAAUUUCCAAGGAUACGAUUAAUGAUAAACUCAAAGAAAGUCUGAUGCAUAUUUCUCAACUUAAUUCUAAGCAUUCAGGACGGUACAACCCUCAUUACCAAAGAAUGAGCAGAAAUGGGAAAGCAGGAUUUCGUCUGAAUAGCGUCAAUGUCAAGAAACUCAACACUAUCGUUGUCCAUGAACUUCCUCCGAUAAACUCUACUAAGAGAAACAGACAACUUAAUAAAUCAAACCAGCGACAAAUAUACAACCUUGCGAAACAAUGAGAUGAAUUCUUAAAGGAGGACUCAAAGUUUAUCAAAGACCUUCAACUUGAUAGAGCAAUUUCCAAUAUAAAGCUCUCAGAUUUCUUAAAAUAAUGUGAGUAUUAUUCAAGAUCUUGACACAGCAAAACCUUCUGCAAUGAAGUUGCUGUUUGAUUACCAAAUGAGUUCCAAAAUCCAAGAUGUGAUCAGAGAAAAUGAUGUGAUACACGAAUACAGAUCUGGCAUCAUAGAUCCCUCGAGAUAUGUAGCUAGAGUAGAAAAGAACAUUAAUUACAGGAUCCAGAUGCGCAACAAGGUUAGAGGGAGGGCAAAUCUUAAAUAAU